GAGACGAGACUUAAGUUGGCGGGCUGGAGACGAUUUAGUCAGUAGACUUCGGUGACUACAGCUGGAGACAUCUCCGUACCGAACCAGCUGAGGUUGUGAGAUUCCGUGCGGACUUUUCAUAUUUCAUUCAGUUCUGCAGUUGUUGAUAUCUGCAAGAAUUUACAGUGCUUUUCAAACAAUCACUUUUUAUUGCUGUUGCUACUACUUCGAUAAAGAAAAUAAAGUAACAACUUGAAAUAGCUGUGCCAUUCACUGAUUUUGAUUGGUACAUGAAACGUUGAAGGGGAUUUGGUGCGGAACUAAAACUAAGGGAGACAACUGCAGAAUCUUUUAUCGGGAAAAAAACCCAGCAACAACGCAAGACAUUUUAACAAGGUGAGAACUUUAUGUUUAUGAAAUGCUGGCAUAAAUAUUAAAUUAAAACAUGCAUUUUAAAAAUUAAAACACUUAUCCACUUAUUCAAUGCAUUACCUUAAACGUGUAUACAGUUAGUGUUAGGCGGGUUAGGGUUAAGGUUAGUGUUAGGCGCCUACAUUAUGUUAGAAAAACACGUUGACAUUUGCCUAAUGUUUGCUUCAAAUCAAUUUUAAACACGUAACUAACAUUAUUAGUUCUUGGGGCGGGGGCAGAGAAAGAGAUAAAAUUAACUUUUGAAAUUAAGUGUAACUUGCCUCCCCACGAAUUGUUGAACUGAAAUACAUCCACUGAAAUUGCCACCUAGCGCUACCAGUGCUGGCACUCCAAGUUGAGAACCCGUCGAUUAAGGAAUUAUCUCUCUAUCUUUAUUUAAAAAAAAAAACAUUUUUUUUAACUGGUUGAUUAUGUUAGACUAGAUGGAGCCCGCCAAACAUUGGCGACAGCAAUGCAUGAACUUCCCAUAUAAUUUUAGUAUAUGCCAUAUACUUAUACUAAAGUUACUUGACAAAAACGGGAACUCAAGUUAGGCACAUUUAAGAGAGCCAAUUUUGCUACACACCUUCCCCCCCCCCCCCCCCCCCCCCAUUUCCUGAUACGUCACUGCACACUUUUUAUUUCACGCCCAUGAACUAUAUUAAUAUUCUCAUGUCCCAACCACUUUUAAACCGAAUAUUUUUUACGCAAUACUUAAUUUGAGGCGAUUUCAUUUCCGAAAAGAAAAUAACGCCAAACGCAUUUGCGUUAUUAAAAACAGAUAUAUAUCAUUUAGCGUAGUUAUCGGGAAUUAUAUUUUGCGCGCUAGUGAACUCAUUAUUUAACCACACUCUGGCGUAUCUAUAUAUAGUCUGCGCGAUGGUGUUCGACCUUUGCUGGCGAAUUAUAUAUAUAGAUAGAUUACGUACUUUAUGAUAUCCAAUGUUAUCUGAUCUAUGAUUGUCAGAGAUGUAUAUACCUAGUGCCACUGCUGUCAUAGGUGUAUCUAUAUAGGGUCACUUAUGUAUGAUUGUCAAGGGUGUAUCUAUAUAAUGUAACUAAUGCAUGAUUGUCAUAGGUAUAUCCAUAUACGGUCACUGAUGUAUGAUUGUGAGAUGUAUAUCCAUAUAAGGUCGCGGAUGCAUGAUAGUCAGAGGUAUAUCAUAAGAUCACUCAUGUAUGAUUGAGUAUAUCUGGUGACAUAGGGCCUCCAGGAAUGGCAUACCUUAUAAACUGUCACAUAGCUGAGAAUUAAGAUUGUAAGUGAAUAUUUAGCGUGUAUUUAUCUUUAAAUUUAGCACAUCUCUGAAGGCUCUUGAUUAUUUAUUAAUUUCUGGUGGAAUUUCCAACUGUCAGCGACCUUUAAUAGCCACCCCCCCCCCACACACACACACACAAACACAGCCAAAAAAAAAAAUCCUUUUCACACAUGCCAAUAAAUUUAAAAAAACAAACCAAAAAACAAUUUCUAAAAUCUCAAGCUGGAGAUAACCAUGCCUCCGGUCACUCCGGGCCAGGUGGACAGUGACAGCUGAGGUCAGGGCUCCUUUUUUUUAGUCCGAUGGGGAGUGAUGAUGACGGUGGCUAGGGGGCGAGCUAAGCGAGGUCCAGUAUUGUUGGUCUGCUGGAAUGAACGCUGAGUGUAGGGGAGUCUAUGGCGGCAUGUGGACAAUGCGAGGAGCAGACAAUGCUUAUCUAUUGGACCGGGCUAGGGGUCAGCGAGGGAGGAUCGGACUAUGAUUAUCUAUUGGACCGGCCAGAGGUCAGCGAGGGCCAGGUGUGAGGGGGGGGCAGGCUCAGGUCAUGCUCCGAAGACGACCUGAAGAACGCCUUUGCUUUGACUAGACCCGUAAAGGUAUUUUCCCGAGAGCUCUCCAAUAAUUAUGCUCAAGGCAUGACCUUCAAAGUGACCCCCUAAGCCAUUGAUCAUUGAUGUACUAGACUACCGUGGUGAUCUAUCCUGUUCGACCUUGAUACAACUCUGGCUUUUCAGUAAUGUCAACAAGUAAUGUCAACAAAAGAAUUUUCCGAACGAUCGUUUCCCGUUACCAUCGAUGUGAAAAUUGAGUCAUGGGGUUAAACCAGUGGCUCUCAACCAUGCUAAUGCCACGACCCUUUAAUACAGUUACCCAUGCUGUGGUGACCCCCAAUGCCCAUAAAACUAUUUUCGUUGCUACUUCAUAAAUACGUCUUAGGCGACCCCAAUGUAAGGGCCUUUCCACCCCCCAAAAGGGUUCACGACCCACAGGUCAAGAACCACUGGGUUAAACAGUUGAGAAAAUGAUAACCUCUGUAAUGGUUAGGCGCCUCUGUCCAUUCCUUUAGAUUUUUAAACGUUACCUGUUUAAAUGGAAGCAAUAAGGAUAAGUUCGCAUUUGUAAAUUUAUGUUGUGUGAUCUUUCAUAGAAUGUACAACACUUUUUGCCCUGGGCCAAAAAUAGUUUCAUCAGUGUGGAUAACGGGAACUGUAUGUGUGUAUGUGUGUGUGGGGGGGGGGAUGGAUGGGUGGUAUGGGUUUGGAAAAAAAAUGGGGGGGGGGGGGGGUCAUUUAUAAAUAAAAUAAUAACCAACUAACGGUCAAAAUCAAUGCAACCAUGAAACAAUCAUGAAACUAUAAUGAAACUGUAGACUGGCUUACAGAGUGGGGGGGGGGGAUGGAUGGGUGGUAUGGGUUUGGAAAAAAAAUGGGGGGGGGGAGGGGUCAUUUAUAAAUAAAAUAAUAACCAACUAACGGUUCAAAUCAAUGCAACCAUGAAACAAUCAUGAAACUAUAAUGAAACUGUAGACUGGCUUACAGUGCAACUGACCUUUGUGAACUGUUUUUUUUCUCACGCUGUCCACUCUCUCAUCAUAAUGUUGGUACCUAGGGUAUCUGAGCUUACUAAUUCUCCCACCCCCCCACCACCUUUUUGUCACGUUGACCGAGACCACCCCCCUCCCCACCAACAGCAUGGGGCUGUCCUCAAGUCGACUGUAUUUGGCUCAGUACAAAAGCCUCCAAGUUACCCUUCCCUCCCAGUCCCAAAAUUACCCUCAAAGCGUCUCAAUUAGCCAUCCGCACCCCCCCCCCCUGCAAGGGGCUGGUCCCCCAAGUCUACAUUAUUUUUCUAAGGACAAAAGCCCCACGCCGGGGACAUGCGUUUGAAAAAGGGGGAUGUAACCCAGCGUGCACUGAUUUGAAGUUAACCGCCCCUGGUCGGGUCAAAGAUGGAAAUCGCCAGCAGAUAAUAAAACGGAGGAAAACCUUGCCAUGCUCUCCCUUUGAAGCCGUUUUCUAAAAAUCACAUAUCCCCCUUCCACCUUUACCCCCCCACCCGGGGGGUGGGGGUGGGGGUGUACAUUUUCAGAAAAAUUCCCCGUUAAUCCUAUCUCCCUUUCCAUUCAGUGACCUUCCAUUUUAUUUCUUGUCGCUGUAUCUAUCAAAGGCGAGCACAGGUCCUCCUCUCCUCGUGGUUAUUUCCCUUUGAUUAUUCAUAACGCUAACAGAACGAGGCCAAAAGGUGACAUCUUUGCACUCUUAUAUCAGGAACUUUCUUGACUAUCGCCAAACAUACUUUUUUUUUUUUUUUUUUUUAACUUGGACAAAUAUUGACAUUUCUUUCUUUUCCGUUAUCAAACUUUUUUUUUUCUUCUUUUUUUUCUAUUCAAACACGUAGGCGGAUUCCGUCCACGUUUUCUUAAAUUUUUUCGUAUACUUUUUCGUACACUUUACUUUUUCCUUUGCAUUUAAAUCUUAUAAUUUUUUCUUCUCCUUAACAUGUAAGUUUAAUAUAGUUUUAAUCUCUCUUCACACAUGACGGGUGAGGAUAGCCUUGUAAACACACAGCCUCGCCUGUGGGAUAUCAUGAGAAUGUUGCUAUAGUUUUCAGAUGGAUACAUUAAGAAGCAUAGGUUUACUUCUCACAUUUCUUCACGUGAACAUAGGCACCACCUCCCAACAAACUCAUCGACAUUUUCGUAUAACCAUAACCUGAGGGGCAAGGGGUGGGAAGGGGGUGGUCGUACCGAGAGGCCCUAUUGGUUGUUAAAAAAAAAAAAAUUCUAUUAUGUUAAUGAUUAGCGUGUGGGCGUGGCAAAGAUGGUGUAAUAAAAUGCUGAAAGUAAAGGGGCAAGGAUUGGCUAAAUAACUAACUGUCAAAAUGAUUGGCUAAAUAACUAACUGUCAAAAUAAUUGGCUAAAUAACUAACUGUCAAAAUGAUUGGCUAAAAUAACUAGCUGUGAAUAUGAUUGGCUAAAUAACGAGCUGUCAAAAUGAUUGGCUAAAUAACGAGCUGUCAAAAUGAUUGGCUAAAUAACGAGCUGUCAAAAUGAUUGGCUAAAUAACUAACUGUCAAAAUGAUUGGCUUAAAUAACUAGCUGUGAAUAUGAUUGGCUAAAUAACGAGCUGUCAAAAUGAUUGGCUAAAUAACGAGCUGUCAAAAUGAUUGGCUAAAUAACGAGCUGUCAAAAUGAUUGGCUAAAUAACGAGCUGUCAAAAUGAUUGGCUAAAUAACGAGCUGUUCAAUGAUUGGCUAAUUAAUAGGCUGGCAGCUUUGUUGACAUAGUCUAUCAUGUGUAUAUCGUGUCAAACUGAACAUUUAAAAUGGUUUUACCUGUUAACAACAGUUGUACUACUUUCUGUUUUUUUCUCUCCAUAUCUUUAAUUACGCGGUGCGCUGCGGAAAUUUGGUGCGCAGUAAGUGUUAAAAAACGCCGCGAAGCACUGUCCUGAACCACCGGGAGAAAUUGAAAGGAGAUAACCUUUUCUGUUGACACUGCCGAAUUUUUUUUUUAUGAGUGACUGGUUUCGGUGGUUGGGGGGGGGGGGGGGGGGGGGGGCUUAAUAAUUCCAAUGUAGCCAAGUUAUCUCAACUUAUUCUUUUGUGGGUGGUAAUUGUGGGUUUAAAAAAAAAAAAAAGAUGGCCUGGUCCCACGUUCUAAAGCUCAAUCUCUACGACCUUGCCCUUUUACAUGGGAGGCUACGACAUUCGCUCUAGUUCCCGUGGGCGUGAUGUGACCCAGCGAGUGGCCCGGAUGUAACCACUUUGUUUUAAGUGGAGAAGUGAGUUGAGAGGGAAAAGUGGGGGGAGGGGGGCUGGGAAGAAGGAGGGGGUGUCGCAGGACUGUGCCCAUUGACGUAUAGCUCGUCGCGUAAUCAUCGUAAUAAUAUUUAACCAAAGCAUGUGAUGAAUGAACUAGAACACUUAUGGUGGUGUAGAAGGCUUCGCCAGGGAUCCCCUGUCUGUUGGCCAAGGGGCAAAAUUUUAUGGUGAAUGUUUUGAGUAAAAAUAUUAGGUGGUGGUUACUCUGGUCAAAACAUUGACUGUGUUAUUAAGGGGAAUAGGUCCAGCUCGUUGAGCACUUCAAACAAGGCAGCUGGGAACAAACAAUGAGUACACAAACAAACAUUGGGUACAAACAAACAUUGAGUACAAACAAAUUUGGGUAACAGAUAACUUUGGGUACAAGAAAAUAUUGGGUAUCAGAAAACACUGGGUACAAACAACAUUGUGCACCAACGAGCAUUGUGCAUCAAUAAACAUUGGGUACAAAGAAACAUGAUGCACCAACCAACAUUGAUUACAAGCAAACAGUGUGCACCAACAAACAGUGUGCACCAACAAACAGUGUGCACCAUCAAACAGUGUGCACCAACAAACAGUGUGCACCAACAAACAGUGUGCACCAACAAACAGUGUGCACCAACAAACAGUGUGCACCAACAAACAGUGUGCACCAAAAAAAAACUAUGGUUACAAUCAAACAUUAGUCAAAACAAUGCAAUGACGAGACCAUAUCGAAUGUCGCAGACGUCUCACAGUUACAUAUUCCUGCAUUUUCAUCGAACACGACAGAGGCUAUUUUUUCAAAGUCACUUUAUCCAACCGCUAACUUACCCCCCCCACCCCCCCNUGUUAAACAAUCCCCCCCCCCCCCCCCCCAUAGAGAAUCCAAUCCAAUCAAUCACACCCCCACCCGACCCCACCACUCGCUUCUCACGUAUUUACAUACUGUCUAUUUACCUAUUUGUAGACGUUUCUAGACUAAAAAUCUAUUUAUCAACAAUGGCGGCCUCUGUGACAACUGACAGCAAUACCAAUGUGUAAGGUCGAUACAUCAUUCAAGCCCGAUGGAAAUGAGGCUACGGAGACACAAUAUCAUCGAACAACGACAAAUUGUGUUUGUUUUCUAGCGACCGUUUGUACAGAUAGAUGACUGUUUGUUUUCUAGCGACCGUUUGUACAGAUAGUUGACUGAAGGCGUUAUUAAUGGCCUAAUGAAGGAUACCGGGAAGUAUGGAGGUCGGGGGGGGGCAGAGGUCAGCGUUGACACAGCGUGGGUAAUGUCCACCUAGUCCGACCUUGUCAGAUGUGGGAGUCUAAUCUCUAACGAACACUUGUUAUCAGUUUGUAGAAGCCCCGAAUGUUUUGAUAAUGCUGGGAUGUAAAUGGGAUAGCAAUGUUUCAUUUGAGACACGUUGUCCCCCGGAGUUCUCAAACCCGUGUCCCGCGCGGCCUCAAACGGUUAUCAAAAUGUUUGUCAUGGCCCUUAGGUGAACAUAUUAGGUUUUCUUUCUUUCUUUUUAAAAAAAAAAAAAAAAUUUGAAACCCAAUCCUUCGACUGGUUUAACUUUAAUGCGGUGGUCUCUGUAAGGACCGUGGGAAGAGGUGGGGGGGGGCGGCAAAGGGGGCACCUUCCCUGGGCACCAAUUUUCAGAGGGCGCCAAUCACCAUUUUUUUUCCAUGCAGAAAUAUGUGUGUUAACAUAACGAUUUGUGCAGUUGGCGAUCCAGGCUCUGUACAGCUUUUACUUAGCACGAUUGUGUUUGGUCUUAGUGUCAUAGCCUCCGUUGCUUGGGAACUCAUGCUCAUUGCACGACUUUAAGUGCAAACAUACACAUUCUGGUUCUCGAAGGCAGAUGAUAUGCUUACAAGAAAAAAACCCAACUAAACUGGGAAAUGGUUUUAGUUACGAGGAAAAAAAAAAAGGAAAUCAAUUUUGCUCAGGUCGUUGCAGUAAGUGUUUAGACAUUUUAGACAUUGUAAUCGUGAGAAAGCUCAACCCCCAUUGUUAUUUCUCUGGAAUCAAGUGCGCGUGUGUGGAGGGGAGGGGAGCUUAGUGGCAGGUCAACCACAAUAAUGGGCGGAAUGGUGUGGUGGGGGUGGGGGGGGCUUUCCACCAUGACAGAUGUCGUUAGUGUUUGGUCUUAGUGUCACGGUCUUAGUGUCAUGGUCUUAGUUGCUUGGGAACUCAUGCUCACUCCAUGACUUCAAGUACAGACAUACACUCUGGUACUCGGCAAGCCGUAUGCCGUCUUGUAUAAGAGUUGGUUUGAUUACAAUGCGCGUAUUCUUUUUUCAACAAACACACUCCACAAAGUAUUCGUACCCUUGAAGUCACCUACAAUACAUAUUUAUUGAUACAUUUCUGUAUGUCAAUGAACAUACUCCUCCUGUAACAAAGAAAUCGUGUAGGGUCUAAUCAUGGCAACUGUUUCAGUGACGAGUUGUGAUCGUUGAGUCCCUCCCUCGGGAGGUAUCGGAAACCAAUUAUGUUGAUACACAGAACGGCUUAUGCGUAUGUCGUACACACCAAGCCAUAUGAUUGAUAAGUAUCUCAGCUCUGAAACUCUAAGCUCCGAGACUCUAAGCUCUGAAACUCUAAGUUCUGGAUACUCUAAGCUCUGAAACUCUAAGCUCUGAAACGCCUGGAGCCCUAACCCCAUUGAAAUAAUCCGUUGGCUUAAUGAAAUCUGUGACUUGACAAUGCCGACACACGGCUCCUCGAAACAACACAAUAGUGGUGUUAAAUGUUGUUGUUGUUGUCGCGAGUGUCCAUGUCAUUGGUUGGUGUGGUCAGUAGUCAUAAUCCACGUUUUUAUCUUCUCCUUUCUCUCCGUGUUGGCAGAUGGUGACCACAGCGUACCGUCAGUGCGGCGUGUCGGCCGCCCAGGUGGUUGCCAGGAGACAGGUGAGGAUGCACCUGAGAAAGAUACGCGAGAGGGAAUACUCCAAGCUGAGGGCGCUGGUGCCAUCUGUGGCUUCCAAGAAAAAGGUAACAAAGGUGAGUAGCGCCGUGAAUCAAACCUACCUGUAUUUGGUGACCAUUCCUCAAACGCCCUUCUAUCUUUGUGACGAUUCCGCAAAUGCCCCUCUACAGUGUGACAAUUCCUCUGAUGUCUCCGUAUUUUGUGACCAUUACUCAACGGUGGUGGUAUUUUGUGACAUAUUCCCCCCCCCCCAUGUUACUGUAGAUUUCAGUCUUAUGGGUUUCUCAUUUGUUGCCAUGGUUACAAUGAAACGACUACAGAAAACUUUCUUACCCACCCACCCCCACCCCCCUUUUCCCUCAUUUCUUUUUGUUAUUGUCGAGAUGUCCUGUGACAUGGUUUUUAUUACAUUACCAUUUUGCUAGCUACCAAUUUCCUGAUUGUACACUUAAUGAAAUAAUAUUAGUUGCACCACUUAUUAAUGUGAUACUAUUACAUUAGCUGUUGGCAGGCACGACGGGUAGAGUUGUGUUAGCACGUCGAAUCACGUCCUGGAUAUACACACAAUUUUGUCACAAACUUUAAUCAUAACCGAGGGCGUUAACCUGUGCUCUUUGAUUAUCUCCCAUUUAGGUUCAAGUGAUAGAGGAGGCCGUGAGGUACAUUGAAGAGCUCCACGCAGCUUUGCUAGAGAGAUUUAGACAGAAGCAUGGUAAGUGCGUUGUUUGGCUGAUUUCUUCUUUUUCAGGUUGUCCCGUAACAUUGCUGAACUCAUUGUUGAACUCACUGUUGUACUCAUUGUUGUACUCAUUUCCCGAGUGCGUGCUCUUUUAGAUGUUAAUUAUUGCAUUUUAAAUAACUUCAUGAACAAUCAAUCUAUUCAACUUUAAAAAAAACUAUACCAAUAAUAUGAUACCAAUAAUAUGAUACCAAUAAUAUGAUACCAAUAAUAUGAUACCAAUAAUAUAAUACCCAUACUAUGAUUCCAAUAAUAGAUAUCCAAUAAUAUGAUAUCCAAUAAUAUGAUAUCCAAUAAUAUGAUGUCCAAUAAUAUGAUACCAAUAAUACGAUAGCAAUAAUAUGAUGUCCAAUAAUAUGAUACCAAUAAUGCCAAAGAAAUCCAAAGGCACUUCAAUAACCAAAAGAGUCUUCUCAUACAAAGGUGCCAAUUUCUCGCUAUUCACACCCCCUCCCCCCCCCCCGUGAGAAACACGCACCCCCGCCUCAUGACAGAAUCACUCACCCAUGAAACGUUCCUGUCUCUCUUUUAUUUAGUCAAUAUUUACCCCCCCCUAAUGACAGAAUCCCUCACCCAUGAAACGUUCCUGUCUCUCUUUUAUUUAGUAAAUUUUUUGCCGCCCGACCGGGGAAAACAACCCACAUGGAAGACAGCGUCGUCGUCGCCCCCCCCCCCCUCUUUAACCGACCUUCUCUAAAUACAACAGAAGAGAAUUUUCCCACAGGCAUCACCCUCCCACCGCCCGCUUAUUCCCACCGAGCCGUCUGCCUUUACAUAAUACACCGACUGCACCGUGUCGCAACCAUCGAUUGGUUUGAGAACUAUCGCCCUCCCUAGUCAGGGAAUGAGCACUCCCAGUGGCCUCGUUUCGACAUGUUUGUUGUCGACGCCAAUUCAACUUGAAAGAAAUAGCCGCCAUGAUUCAUUCAAACACGAUUGCAUUGAUUGAACAUGGAGAAUUUCGGGACAAAUUACUAGUACGGAUAUUACCGUGGCUUGAUCUGCAUAAUCUCAUAGCAUCUGUUGAUAAUAUAACGACUUAUAUAAGGAUGAUUUUUCCAAGCGGUUUUCUUGAACGAGUAAAGCACAAUGGUUGUUUGUUUGCACCAACAUUUUUGUUUCCUUAAACGGCCAUGUUUUGUGUGUGUGACGUGACGGCCAUGUUGUUUUUUGUGUGUGUGACGUGACGGCCACGCCCCUUUACUUUGUUCCCAGUAAGGACUCCAUCCAAUCAAAUUAAACAAGAAGAUUGACAGAAAGAAAAAAAAAAACGACAACAGGGCUUAGAAGGGUCGGGUGGGUCACACUAGUGAGGUGGGUCACACUAGUGAGGUGGGUCAUCGUGGUCCUUCCAUUUGAUCCCAUUCUAACAUUUACACAACUCAAACAUGAUGUAAAUCUGUUUGUUUAGGACGAGUUUCACCUAUGCGUUCUUGAUCACACUGACCAGCGUGAAUUGGAAUUCAAAUGUUCAUUCAGGAGCCAUCGUAAAAUUGUUUGUACAUAACCACACAACAAAAAAUGUUUGUACAGUAACAAUGUUUGGGGAACCGACCCGUGCCCCCCCCCCCUUCCCCGGUCUCGAUCAGAUCAAACGCAGGGUAUUGUUUUUGUGGUGUGGGUCGGUGGGAUCAUUACUCAAACACCUUUAAGGUCACGUGUCGAACCCACAGCUCCUAGGAGCCAUCGUAAAAUUGUUUGUACAUAACCACACAACAAAAAAUGUUUGUACAGUAACAAUGUUUGGGGAACCGACCCGUGCCCCCCCCCCCCCUUCCCCGGUCUCGAUCAGAUCAAACGCAGGGUAUUGUUUUUGUGGUGUGGGUCGGUGGGAUCAUUACUCAAACACCUUUAAGGUCACGUGUCGAACCCACAGCUCCUGUGUGCGCUGUGAAAAUAUUCCAUUGAUUGGUCUCCCCUCACCGUGACGCACUUUAUAGGUCUCAUACAACGGCCUGGGCGCACUUCAACGUGCAUUUCGGGGGGCGCCUGCAGUGGGUUGGGCGCUCUUUCUUUAUUGAUAAUCCUUAAUGACAAUUUUUUGUUCUUGGUCUUUUUAGAAAUGAGGUCGUCCAUCCGGGUGAUUGCGCCCAUGAUGGUUGAUCUGUACCAAUUAACCCCCCCCCCCCCCCCCCCCCCCCCCCCACCCCCCCCCCCAAAGCUUAGAGGCGUUUCUGGUUAUGACAUGGUAAAAAAAAAUCAGAGGCGUGUAUGUCAUGGCAUGUGAUUAUGACGCUAGUGUUAAAUUAUGCAAACUAAUAACUAUUCAUGGCAACAGUCCCCCCCCCCCGCCCCCUAUCCGAUUUCAAAUAUCCCCAAACCCCGUAUAAAAGAACCCGCCUAGAAGAGGUCCCGGACUAACGCAUUGUACACCUAGAACACUUCUAUAAUAUUCGCUGUCCAAAAAAAAAUUUUUUGGUGUUCUCCAAUAGAGCGCGGGCCAUGCACGCGCUUUCACGGCCCACAAAGGGAGACAACAGCUUGGAGCAAGUGAAUCGUAACCAGAGGCGUAUGAUGCUCUCGUCAUUAAGAUUCUGUUUGGGUCGGUGAUUGUUGAACCUGGGGGGAUUGAAGAGCCGUGGGGCCAACCCGCUGUUGGUGCACAGGCUGUGACGCGCCAGGCUCCGUCUUUGGAUGAGGCGUCUUAGCAGCGUGACGCAAGGUGUCUCGGCUGCUUAGAGUAGAUAGUCAUAAACGCACGACGCCGACUGUCGUCCGAGGGGGGGGGGGGCGGAACCUUUUGAAUGGUUGGUGACCUGGCUGGUGAGGGGGGUGGUCCUUUUAUGAAUGGAUACGUAGACCCUAUUUUAAAAAAAAAUUAUUAUGGUAGUAUCAUGUCACCCGACGACGCCGACUGUCGUCCGAGGGGGGGGGGGGCGGAACCUUUUGAAUGGUUGGUGACCUGGCUGGUGAGGUGGUUGGUCAUUUUAUGAAUGGAUACGUAGACCCUAUUUUAAAAAAAAAUUAUUAUGGUAGUAUCAUGUCACCCGACUGUCAGUAUUGUGUCACCCGACUGUCAGUAUUGUGUCACCCGACUGUCAGUAUUGUGUCACCCAACUGUCAGUAUUGUGUCACCCGACUGUCAGUAUUGUGUCACCCAACUGUCAGUAUUGUGUCAUCCGACUGUCAGUAUUGUGGCACCCGACUGUCAGUAUUGUGGCGUCCAACAGUUAACUGGUGUGACAGGUCUGACAUGAUGCCGUUGUGUGGACGAUUAGCUUUAAGAAAAGUAAAUGUUUACUACAAUGUAUGGCACUCAGCAAUGAUGUUGCAUGCUGUGUUUGUGUUACAGAGAGAGAGGGGGAGAGGGAGAGAGUGAGGUAGAGAGGUAGAGAGAGAGAGAGAGAGGGGGAGAGAGAGAGAGAGAUAAAAGGUGGUGGGUAUCGAGAGGUAGAAUUUGGGGAGAAAGAGAUAUAGAGAAAAGAAGAGGUUGCAGCCCUGGCGUGCACGUCGAGGAUGCACCUAAUCUUGUCCACUCUGCCGUCGCCAGGUGUCGCCAGGUGAGCCCUUGCGCCUACCUCCGUCAGGUGUCGAGCUCCCCCUGGCAGAUCUCGCUCCUGGUUCUCACGGGUUCUCGUUUCAAGGGGACACCACUCUAGCACAGCGACUGCUUUUGGGUGAGGGAUUGUGGUUUUUUUUUUUGUUUCUUUUUUUUUUGUUGUUGUUGCUGAGGCGCACUGUAGGGGGUGUGGGUUGAGGCUGGGGUGGGGUGGGGGUGGGGGGUUGGGGUACGCGGGUGUUAUACCAGAGUGUAAAUUAUGUUUGCCAGUAUUUUCAUAUUUCUAAUUUUGCCUGAAAGAGUAAUUACAAGGACCAGAAUUGUAAAUUGAAAUUGAUAAGAUGUGCUCAUCAUGCUCUUCGUAGGACUAGUUGAAGUUAUCUUACAAAGCCAGUGUUUCUUAUUAUCACUAUGAGCACAACAAAUGUAUUCAAAUAUUCAAUCCUAUCACAGGAUUUGUUUUUUUUUUAAAACACACAACUACAGUUUAGCCACUUGUAGAAUGCAGGUAUGAAUCUACCUGUAACGUACAUAUUGAAUCAUCUCACCAUACCAUACAUAUAGAAUAUUUUUUUAUUAAAAAAAAAGAUAUUUGUAGAGAGAUAUUUAAUGAGAUAUUUUAGAGAGCUACUUUAGAGAUAUUUAUAUUGAUAUUUAUAAUAUAAAUAGAUUCACUAUUAUAGAUGGGGUUGUAGAUAUAUUUAUAUAGAAUAGACUUUUUAGAGAUAGUAAGAGGGUUUUAUAGCGAUGUUUAUAGAUAUGUUUCAUCAAAGUUGUUCACGAAGAAAGAAUGCAGGAUAUUCAUGAUGAAGAUCGACACUUCAUUGACAUCAAAAAUUUAGAUUGGUUCUAAUAGUUGAUAGUUGAUAUAAAUAAGCAUUUCAAGGUGAGACAUUAUUUAGUUCUGACGCCAUACAUGGAAUGGACUGGAAUGGAAUGUGUAGGGUGGNGGGGGGGGGGGGGGGGGGGGGGGGGGGGGGGGGUUAGCUCAGAGGUUUAACACGGGGUGUCAAUAUAAGGGGGGGUGGGGGGUAGUAGCGGGGAUGGGGGUAGUGGAGGGUGUGUGUGUUGAAGGAGGUGUUGUUGUUACAUUCGUGUUUCUUUGAUGUACUACCGGUGCUCCAAAUUAAUCAAGACUGUAGUUUCUGAAAGUAGUUAAACCUUUCUACACUACAAACUCCUCCUCUACCACGGUACUACCACUACCACCAUUACCAACACUUGGUUUCCAUUUAUUAGGAAAUCAAAACUUACUUGUGGGAGUCAGGGAGAGCAGCCUCUGUGUGUGUGGCUUCCUCUGAAAUCUGACUGAGCGUCCCAUUCCCCCCCCCCCCAGCCCCCACACCUUUAACCUGAUUUUGAUGUUAGCCUCCUCACCCUCCCCCCUUUUUAAAAUAAAAUGUUUGCAACAGCUGGUGUUGCAAGGUUUGGUGGGCCCAAAGUUCUCAGGCCGGUAUGCGCAUCUCUAAUGACGCUAGGUUUGUUCAAUUGGAUUUUUUUAUAUUUCGCAUUGCUACGCUAAGUGUUUGAAGUAUUUUGUUGGUUUUACUUACAAAUAAAUCGUCAAAUUGGUGAAAUGUAUAAACCUACAUUCCUUUCCUGGGUGCAUUGACGUGGGAAAAAAAAAGGGGGGGGGGUGUCGUGUUUGCGAUAUUUUCUUUAUAGUUAAGGGUGACAUUUUCGGCCGACUCUUUGAGUUUUUUUCGUGGAAGGGGGCAACAAAAAAAGUCGUGUUUGCCGCCCUGGGUGACACUAGCUACGUCACUGCAUGGCUGUCAGUGUUAUUUUGAACACUCCAACUAUCUACACUGUCAACGGCAGGUGCUAGUGGGAGAGCCCUGGGAUAGAUUACAGGACAAAUAUCUCACGAGAAACUUGGUGAGAAACAGCACGUAGCCAAUUAUUACCUAAGUACAAGACUAAGGUUGAGAGUCGCAGCAGUGGGUUAUAUGGGGUUACACAGCUCUUGAAGGAAACUUGACCCCCUACCGGCGAGUGGGUCCGUGUGGCCACUCCUGCCGUUUAGGUCUUUGUGGCCCCGCCCGGCGUUUGGGUCUGUAUAGCCCCUCUUGGGGUGUGGGCCUGUGAGACGUCUCAUGUUUUCCCCCAGACUAAAAUCUGAUAUGCCACUAUUUUUUUAAUUUUUUUUUUUAAAAUUUCAUGAUAAAAACAUUAAACAUUCUUUCAGAUGUUUAUAUCCGUUUCGGACAAUCUCUAGUUUAAUUUUUUCCUUUAUUCCAAAAAAAUUAACCUUUUUUUUUUUUUGUGGGGGGUUUUAAUUCCCCCCCCCCCCCAUUUAUUUUCACCAAACUGAAUAAGACCCAUAAAACCUGUCCAACGUCAAAUGUCCACUACUAAAAUGACUUGCUACCCAUUCAACAAGUCAAAUAUCAUCACAACAUGCCGUCCGGUGCAUACCUCUGAUUUAGCCAUCCCCCUACGUUUAAAGGGAUAAAUUAUGGUCACCCCCCCCCACACACACACACCCACCCUGCCACGCCACAGUCGGGAGACAGGCAAAUUACACCACGCGCUGGGCGUGUCACAGGAGACGAUUUCACCUGUGGAUCCAGGUGUCACAGACACGUGUAAUAACCAUCAUCAUCCCAGGUUAUUGUUGUGAGGUGUCUCCAUUAAUACGUGGGUGGACCGCGGUCGGCACACAAGCAGUUCGUAGGGGGAUGAAACCUCUUCCCAGAGGUGUGUCUUUAGAGGCGGAUGUCAAGAAAGUAGAAGUGACGCCCUUGACCCUAGCUAACACCAGAGAGGCCCCCUCCCCCAUGCGAGGGCCACCAAAAUGUAUCCCAGAUUCUGUGGAGCGUGUCUGAUUCUGCUAGGCAUUAAAUGCCAAGGUCUUCACAAAGCUUAUCAAACACCUUAACCCCCCCCCCCCCACACACACACAAGCACAAGUUGGUUAAUGUCUGCCUAACGUUAUGCAACUAAUAUAACCAGCACCAUUGCAAAUUUAAUCCUGCGUGAAUAAGCUACCGACCGCACAUCUAACCACUAAACACCUAACCACUACACACCCAACCACUACACACCUAACCUCUACACAGUUAACCUCUACACACAUGACAACUGUUAUGUACAUGUUUAUUGUUAUUAUUUUAAUUAGGUUAAUUGGCAUGGUGCCCACUAAGAGUUGACUCACGAUCAAAGUUGUCCGAUCCAUGGCCCGUGAAGCCAUCUGGGUUUGACCUCCAUUGUUUUAACAUAUUAAAAGAAAUAACUUAAAACCCUAAACUAAAGUAAAUCUACGGGAAAACCCCCACAAUUUCCUUACAAUCACGUCUUUCAUAGCAAUUAUAUAAUGAUUAAAGUAAAGUAAAUCUACGGGAAAACCGCAAAAUAUGCAUUACAAUCACGUCUUUCGGGGCAUAUAAUAAUUACACUAAAAUAAAUCUCCUGGAAAACCCAAAGCAGCUCAUUACAAUCACGUCUUUCAUAGCAAUUAUAUAAUAAUUAAACGUAAGUAAAUCUACGGGGAAACCCCAAAGUUUCAUUACAAUCACCUCUUUCAAAGAAAUUAUAUAAUUAAUAAUCAAUCCACUUGUUCAUGAACAACAUGAAACAAACAUUCACACCUGACAGUUUGAUCUGAUCCUAUCCACAGGUAGCAUGGCAGAAGAUAAAGCCCAGGAGACGGUAAAGACAUUCGUCAGCCGUAUGAUGAACCAACAGUCCAGUCCAUCAAACCCAGGCAACCAGAACAUUCCUAUCAUCAGGCAUUCCGCAAGCAGCUUUGAGAAGCAAAGAUCUCAGCCAAGCUUUUUGUACAGGAAGAGGAGAAAUCAUUGAGUAAGUAAAUAACUGGGGGUAUUUUAGCAUCGGGGAAACCAUUGGUGAAGCAAUAACUGGGGUGUUUUAGAAUUGGAGAAACCAUUAGUGAAGCAAUAACUGGUAUUUUAAAAUUGGAGAAACCAUUGGUGAAGCAAUAAUUGGUAUUUUAGAAUUGGAGAAACCAUCGGUGAAGCAAUCAAUGUGGUAUUUUAGAAUUGGAUAAACCAUUGGUGAAGCAAUUAAUUGGGUAUAUUAGAAUUGUAGAAACCAUUGGUGAAGCAAUUAAUUGGGUAUAUUAGAAUUGUAGAAACCAUUGGUGAAGCAAUUAAUUGGGUAUAUUAGAAUUGUAGAAACCAUUGGUGAAGCAAUUAAUUGGGUAUAUUAGAAUUGAAGAAACCAUAGGGGGAAGCAAUUAUUCGAGGAUAAGUGUAGGCAAUUGAUUGUUUCUUUAAGCAUGGAUUAAAUAAUUAUUUACAGCAUUUUUUUAAGGGAAUUGGAAACGAUGAGUGCUGGUAAGAGGCAAUUGUUUCUCGCUGUACUGUAAUGUAAAAAAAGGUUAUAGAAGCAUUGAUCGCAGUGUUUAAAAAAAAACUGCCAUUAUGUCACUCAAAUAACAGGAGUAUUUUUUUCUUCAGAUGUUGACCCCUGGUCAUCUAGUCGCCACCAGCCCCCAACUGUGAUAUCUUGCUUCAGGUGCUUCUUGUUUAUUCCUGCGGAACAUUCCCUGUCUCACCCUGCCCAGUCAGCAAAUGGCUCCCAGUCGAAUGCAGAUUCAGACAGAGGCAUAUCGACCAGUCAAUGCACAGUCAGACAGAGAGCUAUUAGACUUCAGUAUGUCAGGUGAUGUGGCUCCUCCAGGUCAUUGAUUAUACAAACUCAGUGCUUUGUUUCAUAAUCUCAAACUUGACACUAGAAGUUGACACCAUCACCAAGACAGCAACAAUCCGAUGAUUAAGUCAUCUUCGUACUUACAGAUGUCAUGGAUGAAUAAAAUCAGGAUUCAGUCACCAGUAAAUUGAGCUCCGCCAAUCGAGGUCAAGCAAGGGUGUUAACUAAAUUUGCCUUGAUUACCUCCCUUACAUAUUUUCAUUUAAAAAUGCAACAAAGCACCAUAGAAUAAGCCCACUGUAAUUUAAGCCCACCUUUAAAUCAAUCCUACAAUGAAACACAUCACAUUUGACGUCAUGCAUUGUUACACAGCUUUCAAAAAUUUUUAAAUAAUUUUACUAGACUUACCAAUUGAAUGAAAUUAACUUCUGAAUUGAACACUUCCUUUUUGGAAUUGUUUCAGGUUAUUCACAGGCUUCAAUUUUGUAAAUGAAAAAGAAAAUUUACCCAUUAUUUUUAAGGUAGAAAUAUUGUAACUAGGUAUUAGAACACAGAUUUAUUUAGAUAAGAAAAUAACAUUGUAAACUACCAAUUUGUUCUGACUGAAUCAAAAUUCAAAAUUUAUUACAUAGUUAAAAUAUUGGUUUACAAUAAAAAAAAAACAAUGUCAAUCAAAAUUGUUUUCAAGAAAACUUUUAGAGUUGUCCAUCCUUUGAUAUCUGUUAAAUAAAAGCAUUCCUAAUGUAAUCACUUUGCCCGUCAACAUCAAGUGUGUCUAUAACCAUGGCUGCCUUAAAAUUAUGUUUGAUGAUAAACCACUUCUGCUGUUAUCAACGCAAUGUACCAAACCAAAAAUAUCUGUACAUAUUAACACACAAGUAUAAAUAUUUGCACAUAUUUACAUACAAGUAUAAAAAUUUGAAGUAACAAGAAGGACAUUUUUAAAAAUGGUUUAGCCACUAUGUGUGUGUCAACAUUUGUUAAGUGGACCAUCACAUUCACGAUGAAGGAUCCCUGGCUUUACUCACUAUUUGUGAGAUAUCUAGAUAUCUUACUUAUUAUAUCAUUGACAUUCUUUAUGUUGAGUUCAAUCUUUGGAUUAUUAAAUUAAAUUUCUAGUUUUCACAUCUAUACCAGGGAACUAUUAGGGAAAUAUUUAGUUCUUAUAUCACAAGAGAUGUUUACAUCUAAAUACAUGCUUCUCAAACUUUUCUAGUCAAGGUCCCCUAAAAAUUUUGUUUUCCUAAAGAGUCCCAUUCCCUGAAAUUAAUAAUAUAAAAAGUACUAUUUUAAUUUCAAUAAAAUUCUUUGUUCAAAUUUUUCAUUUCCCUCCAUAAACAUAAUAGGGCUCCUUGGGGGGUCAGGGACUUUUAAAAAGAGCAAUACAAAUAAAUUCUUAUGAGAUUUCUACGAUCUAAUUAUUUUUUUAAAUUGUUAUAAUAACAUAACCAGAUUUUAAAAAAAAAAAAAUUAUGAAAAGGUUUUGGUUGACUGGGAAUUUUUUUUAGCACACACUGAUUCAUUAAUAGAUGCUGAUGUUGAUGAAAGUUGAUGUUGAGGAAAGUAGAUGUAAAUGGAAGCUGUUGUUGAUAAAAGUUGAAGUGGAUGGAAGUUGAUGUUAUUUUUACAUGAGCAUGUACUGCGGCUAAGAACUUAAACUUUGUACAAAAAUCCAUCAGAGUGACUUAUGGACUGUUUUGAUAUGAAUUUAAACUCCUUAUGUAUGCAGGGUUGGAAGGCAGCGAUGAUAGUGUCGUUGCUUUUGGCAUUUGCAAGCUAAUUUUGUUGAAAAAUCCAUCUCACAAUUAUUUAUUUAUUUAGGAAUAUAAUUCUAAGGGAUUUUUAAAAAAAACAAACUCGCUUAAACCAUUGAUAACAAUACCAGAACUGAAAUUUUAAUCAUUAUUUUUUUUAUAAUUUUGCAAUGUUCAAAAAUGGCUUAAUGAGUAGGAUUGGAAAAAAUUUCAGCAACCAAUAACAAUUUUUAUUUUUACAAUCCAUAUUUGAAAAGGAAAGGUUUAGUCUAUAUUUUAAAUAGAUUGUAAUUGUAGUUGUCACACAAAUUUGUUGGAGAAAAUUCUUAUCACUCCAAACAUUAAAAAAGAAUAAUGUAAGAAUUUUAAAAAAAAUUAAUGAGGGUUUUUAAAGAGGGGUGGACCAAACAGUCUUUGAGUAUGUUUGUCAUGGCUAUUACGAUUGUCAGCUGUAAAAAUACUAGGAAUGAAAAAAAAACCUGACAGGUUGACUCAAUAAAAUAGGUUUUCUCUCCCCUUGUUUUUAAAGCAUAAACUUUCCAUGUAUUUUUUUUAAAAAUAUAACAUGUGACAAGAUAAGAUAAAAUAACUCUUUUUUUUUUUAGUUGUUGAAAAUAUAAGAAAAAUUGUUUUGGUUACAUGGUAGAAAAUAUUUUCCGCAACAUAAAAAACUUGAUGUUAUUUGUUUUUAGCUAGGUAAUAUUGAACAUUUUUUUCUUUACCAAGUUUCAAAUAAAUUUGUGACUCUUCAAAUAUAUAAGCCCAUACGACCAUUCCAUAAAUGUUUAUGCUGGUUUUUGUAUAAUGUUGUCAACUGUAUGGACAAUGUAAAAAAUGACCUUCUAAUUAUAACAAGACAAGCACAUUCCCCUUUGUUGAUUUUAAAAUAUGCAUUCUGGAAUGAAUUAAAAACUAUCUUCAUAUUUGUAAUUUUUUGUUUAAAUACUUUUUUUAAAAGAUAAAAUUUAAAAAAAGUAUGAUUAAGAGAACAGUUAAAGGAAACAAUAUUACAUUUUCUAAUACAUAAUAGAAAAUAACUGGAAGUAAGAUGGCAGCUAUAGGAAUCAUAAAGUUUAAAGUAACACAGAUACUUAUUGCCUGACCUUUUAUUCUAAUCAUCUUAUGUAUUUAAGUGAAUUUCUUUUAAUAAGUAACUUUGUUACAAUUAGGUACGUUUAUAAUUACUGUAAGUUACUUUUUUUUUUACUACUCAAUAACUUUGUUACAAUUAGGUAUUGUUGUAAUUACUGUAAGUUACUUUAAUAAUUCUGGGUAACUUUGUAAUGGAAGCCCCCAGAAUUGCCAUAACAUAUUUGUAUGAUACAUUUUUUACUUUUUCUAUUUUUUGCCAUUUAUGUAUGAACAAAUUAAAAUAUGCAUUAUAAAAACAUA